AUGAAACUCACCCAGACAGUAGCUUUGCUGAGUGCAGCGGCACAGGGGACGCUGGCUUGGGGCAGUCUUGGACACGUCACGACGGCAUACCUCGCCAGCCAUUUCGUCUCCAACACGACUGAGGCCUUCUUCCAAGACCUCUUGCGCAAUGAUACGGCGGACUACCUCGCCAACAUUGCCACAUGGGCCGACACGAUCCGGUAUACGCGCUGGGGCCACUUCACUGGCAUCUUUCAUUUCAUCGACGCCAAGGACGAUCCACCGUCAUACUGCGGCGUCGAGCUCGACCGCGACUGCAAGGAAGAAGGCUGUGUUGUUACAGCACUUGCCAACUACACGCAGCGGGCGCUGGAUCCGGAGCUGAGCGCAUGGGAACGAAACCAGGCGGCCCGCUUCGUCGUGCAUUUCAUCGGUGACAUUCACCAGCCGCUGCAUGACGAAGACGUCUCGAGGGGAGGUAAUGGUAUCCACGUGCUGUGGGAGGGAAAGGAGUUCAACCUGCAUCACGUAUGGGACAGCUCCAUCGCUGAGAAGCUCAUCGGCGGAGCGAGGCGGCGACCAUAUGAUAACGCUAAAAGAUGGGCUGAUGGACUUGCAGAGGAGAUCAAGACUGGCAAGUUCGCGGAUGAGAAGGCCGAGUGGCUGAAGACGGUUGACUUCAACGAUGUCGUGGGCACGGCGCUGUCGUGGGCGCGAGAGGGCAACGCAUAUGUCUGUACCCAUGUUCUGCCGGAUGGACCCCACGAAAUCGUAGGACAGGAACUGGGCGGGACCUACUACGAGAAGGCGGCGCCGGUGAUUGAGCUGCAGGUCGCUCGAGCUGGCUACCGUAUGGCUGCCUGGCUCGAUCUCAUCGCGGAUGAAUUUGAAGCCAGCAAGGUUCAGCAAGGCGACUGGCAAGAGCUUUAG